AUGAUAUGGAAGAGAGUUCUCUGUUUUUCAUUGCCCCUUGCUUGGGCCGGGUCUUCAAGCCAGCCAGGGAAUAUGCCGACUCUCUACUUGUGGGGAAAGGCAAACUUGUUUCCAAGCUGGCUAAUCUUGAAUGCAGCGGCAUUUGUGGUCAUUGCACUUGUGCUGUCCUUAUACCUUAUUUUUCAGCACCUUGCUUCUUAUAAUCAGCCUGAGGAGCAGAAAUUUUUUAUUGGCCUCGUUCUGAUGGUUCUUGUAUAUGCAGUUGAGUCGUUCUUAUCAUUGUUGAAUUCAGAGGUAGCAUUCAUCUGCGAAAUAAUGCGGGAAUGUUAUGAGGCAUUUGCUAUGUAUUGCUUUGGGAGAUAUUUGAUAGCAUGUUUAGGUGGUGAAGUAAGAACAAUUGAACACAUGGAGACUCAAUCUCAGAUCAGUUCUAGCUCACCUCUUUUGGAACUGGAAUAUUUUGAUGGACCUGUAAGGCAUCCAUUUCCACUGAAUUCCUUUUUGAAGCACUGGUAUCUUGGUUCUGACUUCUAUGAUGUUGUAAAGACUGGAAUUGUUCCAUAUAUCAUACUGAAGACAAUUUGUGCUUUAUUAGCAAUUCUUUUAGAAUUUUUUGCAUAUGGAGGAGGGAAGUUUGAAUGGAGAUGUGGGUAUCCAUAUCUAGCAGUUGUUCUAAAUUUUAGUCAGACAUGGGCCUUGUACUGCCUUAUACAGUUCUACUCUGUGACUAAGGAGAAGUUGGAGGCUAUUAAACCCCUGGCUAAGUUCCUUGUGUUUAAAUCCAUUAUAUUCUUAACUUGGUGGCAAGGUGUUGCUCUUAACUUUCUUUUCUCAAAUGGUGUCUUUAAAGGCCAUUUACUUGGAUAUAAUAUGCAUUGAGGUGAUUUAUCUGCUAGGAUCCUUAAUCAUGGAAUUCUUGCAUGACAGAUGGGGGUUGCUGCAGUGGUGCACUUAUAUGUAUUUCCAGCUAAACCUUAUCAACAUGGAGAAAGAUGUAUCAAUAAUGUUUCCGUGAUGGCUGAUUAUGCAUCUCUAGGAGCUCCUCCAGAUCCUGAAGAGGUUAGAGAAAGUAGAAGGCUAACAAGGAUGCAAAAUGCUCAUCCUGAUGACAAAGAAAAGCGGUUCAGUUUUCCACACAGUGUUUGUGAUGUGGUUUUUGGAAGCAGUGAAAUUAUGGUUGAUGAUGUGAAAUUUACUGUUUCACAUGUGGUGAAACCAGUGGAGCGAGGUCUUGCAAAGAUGAAUGAAACAUUCCAUCAGAUAUCAGAAAAUGUGAAGCAGUAUGAAGAGGGAAGAAUAAAAGGCAGGGAUGAUAGCUAUAUUAUUACUAUGCAUUCAUGUACAAAUGAACUUUCUGAUCUGCAUGAUGUCAUCAGCGAUAGCGGAUUGGAAAGUAAAAGACACCAAGUGAGGGCAAAAUUUGCAGCUUCACAGACCGGAAAAUCAGUUGCUUCUCUGUAUUGUGGGUCAUUCAAGUUCGGUAGGAGCAGAUGGUCUUAA